UCAGAUUUUUUAACGUCCGAUCCUCAGCUAUCCUCCCCAUGCGCUCCCUUAAUCAGACUUUUGAAUAUGAGGUCCUGAGUGGUCUUGGUGAAGGCACGAAGGAGUCUCUCGCGGUGGACGCUAUUACAUAUCAACUUAAUCACCUUGGUUACAUCAGGAUCAAGUUCUUAAACAAGGGAACGGUCGCAGUACAGGACCAUGAUUGCGGGGUGCACAAAUGGACUGCCAGUCUCUAGAUCUCCCCCGUAACUAUCGGUGAACUCAAGGUGGGUUUCACGCAGGUCAUCAGAUUCUGGAGGCACUACCCAUUUAAAGUUUCUAAGAAACAAAGUCUAAGUCGUCAGUGAAAUAAUAAUACAAAAUGGCUGAAGCGAAACCAGAAAAUGAGAUUGAGGAUGAUCAAUGUCCAGUUGGGAAAAUCAUUCACAAAUGGGUCUGUGAUAAGGAAAAAGAAUGUUUGGACAAAGUAGGCGGCAAUAAAGAACGUUUCCGUGAAGACGUAAAAAAAGCUUUGGAUAAACUGUUCAAUGCUCAUAAAAUCUUCAAAUUGGAAGAAGGGAUACAAAGUUUCAAGUAUGAACGGACAUUUAUCCAGUUUGGAUAUAUCUACAAACAUGCGAUGUUUUCGGCACGAAGUUUGUCAAAGGUCAUGCAUCGUUCCAAUGUCUUGAAUAAGCUGGAAGAGAAAAGCAGCAUAACCAUUGCGUGCUUGGGCGGAGGGCCUGGGUCUGAUGUUCUGGGUGUACUGGACUACUUUCGUGACUUCGAGGGGCAACUGAACAUACAACUGUAUGACAGGAAGAACAAAUGGGGCAAAUGUUGGAAGAGUCUGCAGGCAGCUAUAGACGAAGAACUGCAUGACCCCAGGGUCACAGUGAGCUUUCACGACUUUGACGUAACUACGGCUGACAAGAACAAACCUGACAUUCAAGAUGCUGACGUCAUCACUAUGCAUUACUUCAUGGAGGAAGUGUACUCCGAGAGGGAAAAGGAAGAGGUGAAGGAGUGUUUUGACCACAUAAUCCAGACAGCCAAACCAGGUGCCUUGUUCCUGUACUCGGGGAUGUACAUGUACCAGGCUACAGACUGGGUACAUCGGCUCCUGAAGGACAACUGUAAGGUUCUGGAACCGAACAUGGAUCUACAUAUAGAUUUGCCAAGGAUUUGCCAAGAUUACAUUACCGUUGAAUCGAUAUGGAUUUACCGUAUUCAGGUUGACUUACGUCAGGAAGGAGACUUGAAGCUGUUCUAUGACAUCAGAGACAACCUCGAAACCGGGGGCUACCCUGUAAAGGAGAUUUCUUUCAGACUUGAUGGUAACGUUGUUUACCGUCUAUACCAGAAGAAGUAGACAAGAACAGUAAAGUGUUCGGAGGUGCUGUGUUCUCAAACAGGGCAAUUCUGUGAUGUCAUCAGAAACCCAAUGAUAUUAGCCUGGGUGUCAUCCGAUUUGUAACGGCAACCCUAAAGUUCCGCAAAAUGCCAGCGUGUGCCGGCUCGUCUUGUAUGUCGCUAUGUACUGCUGCAUAUUCACAAUACCAGCUUUGUAUUUCUGAAGUUUAGUAGCUGGUAGCAUUUUUAUUUUUGGCCGGAAUUUUUUUAUUCGCCUGCGCGCACUAGUUUGGGGGUCUUCAGAGGAUAUCAUCCAUAAAAUUAGGUUUGUGUGGCCUUAGAUAAAACACAGAUACAGAUAUCUGACAAAGUAGGAAAGCGGUAUAAAAUGUAACUGUCAGAUACACUAGUAGCUGUUUAAAGAAGUAAGCACAAAACAUGUUAGGUGC